GCCCGUGCGACCCGGCAUAUCGACGAACAGUCAAUUCAUCGCGCCUACUCGCCACCGGCCAGUGUGCCUGCUCGUCUGGUUACCCGCAGCCUUUUGAUGGUCUGCUCACUCGUUCGCCGGCAUUUACCCACUCGCUCGCUCUGCCUAUCUACCUACUCGCCUGCCCCUUCCUCACUCAUAUGGAUGCCUUUUUGCCUGCCGCAUUGUUUGCCCUCCCGCCUGCCUCUUCGUUCGACUAGUACCCGGCACUUGUUGACCUCCUGAUCAUAGUUCUACUCUGUCUGCACAACCAUCUUCCCCCCCGUCACGUCCCCGCCACACUCCUCACGUCCAAAUCUACUCGUCCGCGCCCGCCUCCUGUCAUAUCCGAUACAACACUGCCUAAUCCGGUCCGUCUCGCCAUCCCGAAAAUGGAUGGCGACCGCUCGCCACCCUCCGCCCUCGACACUCUCCCUACCUCCCUCACGCCAUCUUCGACCGUCUACUCGCUCCCGAGUCCUGGCUUCUACCUGGCGUCUCUUCUCACUCCGUUCGUCGUCCCGUCGCAGUCUCACGUCCCCGCGCCCUGCCCACCAGCAGCCACGAUGCGCGACUGCAUCCCCGUCUCACACCGUCCGCCGCCUCAUCAGAGUUUGGACCCACACACGGCCACAUCGCACAGGUCUCCUGUCGCCCUCCCUGCCAACAUCUCACGUCCCCGCACCCCAUCCGCCAGCAGCCACAGUGCGCCACUCACUCGCCCGCCCGCCUGCUGCCUGUCCAGUCGUGCGUCUGUCUACGCAUCUACUCAUCCACAACUUGCUCAUCGUAGUAUCACUCCACUUACUUCCCUGGCUUGCCCGUCCAUUCUCCGGCCUACUCAUGCACUUGCCUAUCCACCUGCCCACAUAUUUGCACGCCCGCCUGCAUGCUUGCCUACCCUACCCACCUGCGUAUUGACCUGACCACGCGCCGGAAUAUCCGCUACCGCCCGCGCGCCCGCAUACUCAUUUGUGCAUCCC